CUUCGCUUCCCUAGCGGGGCUGGGCCUGGAGAGCGCGCCGCGACGGCGGUGAGAGGACCGGGAGGGGCAACGGGGCAGGGGCACGUCUUCCCCUCCCUCUGAGGGCGCCUCUCUCUCUGUCCCAGCUGGCCGCUGACUCCUUCGCAGGGGGCCGGGACUGGGCGGGCCUAGCGAGGGAGGCAGAAGGGGAGGAGGCGGGCGAGGGGAGGCGGCGGCGGCGGCGGCUGUGCUCUGCUCUGCCGGUUGUCCCUCCCGCUCCACAGCAGCGCCUCCUCUCAGCCCGUGGCGGCGCGAGGGAAGAGAGGAUGCUCAGCCCGCCGGCCUCUCCGCAGUGCCCCCGCUCCGCCCCGACCUGGUAGACGCUGAGAUGCCUCCCGCCCUCUCUCCUUGCAGCCCAUCCCGGGAGGAGCUGUGACCAAGAAGAGGAGGGUGGCACAGCCUCGCGCUUUUCCCCAGCCAAGUGGCCCCUCUUGCUUCUGGCCAGGAUGAAGAGGCACCUCCGGAGAAGGAGCAGGCGGGACCUGGGGGGCUUUUGCAGCUGCUGCUGCUGACACCCCCUCUGCUGCCACUAUAGUCCGACUCUCGCCCGCUUCCCCAUCCAUGGAGUGGCAGAGCCAAGAUCCUUAACCAGAGUCCCAGGGGCACGCUACCUCCUCCGCCUCAGACUGCCUGCACCUCCUCCAGCUCACCAUGGGGUGGAGGCAGCUCCUGUUGCUCCUGCCACUGGCCUUGUAUGCCCUGGCGCUGCUGCUGACCACUCAGGCAGCUGGUCCCCCACGGACACCCAGGGGCAACCGGACCCAGGGGGCAGUCGCGCCCCGGCGACCCCACAAGCCGGUCAAGGAGCAGCUGAACCAGACCGUUGUUGGCACUGCGCCGUCUUCUGCCCUCGCUGGCGGCGGGAGCCGUGGGCGCAGCCCUGUCGGAGGGCCGGCAAAGGCAUCCAGUGGCAGCCCAGCCUACGAGACCUGCCAGGGCUACUACGACGUGAGCGGGCAGUGGGACAAGGAGUUUGAGUGCAACAACAGCCAGAAGGAUUUCCGCUACUGCUGUGGCACCUGCUACUACCGCUUUUGCUGCAACAAACGCUCCGAGAAACUCAAUCAGGACCGGUGCCGUAACCAGGGCCCACGUCCCAGCACUGACCCCAUGACCCCUGCCACCAGUAACGACGGACCGGGGGAUAUACCCAAUGGGUAUGACCCAAAUGAGGACAACACAAAUGCUACCGUCUACAUUUCGUGCGGGGCCAUUGCCUUUGUCGUCAUUGUGGGCAUUUUUGCCAAGGUUGCCUAUGACAAAUCCCGACAACCACCACCAGAGAUGAACAUCCACAGGGCUCUGGCUGAUAUCCUCCGGCAGCAGGGACCGAUCCCCAUAGCACACUGUGAAAGAGAGACUGUCUCAGCUAUAGAUACCUCCCCCAAAGACAACACUCCAAUCCGAACAUCCUCCAAAAACCACUACACACCGGUGCGCACCUCCAAGAGCAACCCAGGUCACUAUGGAAAGGAUAUUUAUCGAAGUGGAGGUCCGGAUUUCCAUAAUUUCAUCUCCUCUGGUUUUGUCACAUUAGGAAGAGGACACAGCAAGGAUGUCCAAGAACAAAAUUAUAACCACCUGAUACUAAGCACUGCAAACCAGACACCUUCACAUGAAAAGCCCCGGAUGAACAGUAUCCUCACCUCUGCCACCGAGCCCUAUGACCUCUCUUUCUCCAGGUCCUUCCAGAACCUCUCUCACCUUCCACCAUCCUAUGAGUCUGCGAUCAAGACUAACCCAAGUAAAUAUUCUUCCCUGAAGAGAUUAACUGACAAAGAAGCUGAGGAAUAUUAUUCAAGAAAGAGGCAUCUCCCUGACUUAGCAGCAAGAGGAACCCUCCCUCUCAAUGUCAUCCAGCUAUCCCAGAAACAGACCUUCCAAAGGGAGCGGCCACGCCGGGUGAUGCGGGCCAUGUCCCAGGACCGAGUGCUGUCCCCAGAGAGGAUCAUGCCAGAGGAGUUCAGCAUGUCUUAUGAGCGAAUCCUAUCCGAUGAGCAGCUGUUGUCCACGGAACGCCUGCACUCCCAAGACCCUCUCCUCUCUCCUGAACACUCUGGUUUUGGGGAUCAGUCCAUGUCACGGGCUUUGUCUCACUCGGAUGUCUUUGUUUCAACACCUGUCAUGGAUCGCUACCGGAUGACUAAGAUGCACUCCCAUCCCAGUGCCUCAAAUAACUUGUACAACACCUUGAGUAUGAACCAAACAUCCGCCAAGCGCCAGGCAUUUGCCUCCCGGCGUCACAACACAGUGGAGCAGCUACACUAUAUCCCAGGACACCAUUCCCAUUACCGCACAGCCAGCAAAACAGAGGUGACUGUUUGAUCAGAGACACUGUGCAUUGUAGAUAAUAUUCCAUAUAUCUCUGGACUUGGGUGGCUUCAGUGCCCUAAACUGCAGUGGCCUUAUGGCCAAGAUAACCUCUAAUCCCAUGUCUGAAAAGACAAGACUCUUCCGACAGUCCUGUCUGUGUCGUUUUGAAAAUUCAUCUACUUGUUAUUGACAUAGGGAGGAAAAACAGAAUAGGGAGAAGUGGUACAGGUAAGGUUUCCUAUCCUGCUCAGUUUCUGUCAAAGAAAGCCAUACUGGAUUAUGGCUCAUUUCAAGGGCUUGUCUGCACCUAUAUUCUAGCUAGUUUCCAAACUAGCACUUUAAUGCCCAUCAUGAUAAACCAAGAAAAGGGGUCUAAUACCACAUUGGCAUUACAUGGCAAAGUUGGUAGGCAUGUUGUGGACCAAGGUUCCACCCAUAUGUUAGAAGGUGGUAACCUAUUUCCACCUCAGCAUGGAUCUGCCUAGGCCUUGGGGAAAUGCUAGCGAUAAAUAUGAUGAAGGAGCUAAUAGACUGAGGAACAAUGAUUGCCACAGCUGGGAAACCACCUUGUUUUAUAUGAAACUAUAAAACAAAAUUAAUCCAGUGCCUAUAACUAGCCAGCUUUCUGGGUGGUAGAAGGAGAUGGAUUUGUUUAUAAGCACAAUUUUGCUUAUUAGUAUUUGCCAGCCCACACCUCUUUUUCCAUGUAUCCUCAUAUAUAGAAAUUUCCGAAUAUGUAAAUAGAGUUUUAAAAAGGAAACAGGGCAAAAUUACUUCUCUCUAGUUUUCACUCAUUUCUAUACAAGACAGCAUCAGAUACCAUUUGGGAUGUUGUCACACCUGAAAUAGACACAAUCAUCCACCAGAAGAGGUGUGAGUCAGCGAUAGGCCAUUUGCCUGCCCAACCACAGUUGUUCCUGGCUUAGUCUAACCUUGGUUUCCUGAAAACCUAUAGCUCCUCUCCAAUUAAUCACAGGAGACUCCCAGAAUGAGGGGCUUCUGAAAGCUUUUCCUUCCCUCAUCUACCCAGACCGAGAAUAUCUGUGACUGCCAGUCUUGCUGCCUGCUAAUCCCCUCCAGGAAAUGAAAUGCUUGUGCAGAAGAUCACAUACUAAUUGGGCACAUUGUACAGCCACUGUACAGUAAUAACUAGACACUAAGUGUCUGUAAUGUCUUUAAGAGAUAUAUUUGCAGGUCCAAUAUUUGUUGGAUUUUGUAUAGUUGGAACAGAUGCAAACUGUAAUUAUCAUAUAUUGAAACACCUUAUUUCCCUGUGUGGCCUGGGCCUAUGGUCCAACAGCUAAAUGAAAUAGAUGGUUAAAACUGUAUGGUUCUGUGGAAAGUUGGUUCACUCUAGUAAGUACUUGCAUUUCUAUGUUGCAAGUGUAUGCGGCUCUUCUGGUUGCUUGCAUUGAGCAGGAUCUCACUGAGUGUAACAGUCUAAGCCUAGAAAUUGACUGAACAUUCCUUACAUUUUUGGCCUUUCCCAGGCAAUACAUGAAAUCCCAUUUCAUCAAACAGUGGCUUUGAAUUUGGAAUUUAUUUUUUCAUUACAUUUUUUCAGAGUUAAACUUGUAUAAAAAGUUUUAUUUCAUGACCCUUUUAAAAUAUGAUUUUGUUUAUAGCACCUGGAAAAAGUAGCUAUGGGGUUAUUUUGGGUAUUUUCCCCAGGUUCUUCUGUUUGUAGUCUAUAGGUUGGAGCCAUAACAAAACUGUACUUUGUUUAACAGAAACUGGGCCAGGAAGGAAAGGAAAGCAGUGGCCAUGUAAUACCCCUGCUGUUGCUCACCUCCUGUUCUCAAGCAACAGACAAGAGCUUGCAAGUAGUUUAUGUUCUUGCUAACUAUAACACGCUUAAGAAAGUAAGGCCACAGCAGGCUGCAAAAGAAGCAUUUUCUCUGAGCACACUGUAACUUGUCCCAUUUCCAGUCUUCAGUGUUGCUAACGUGGUCCCCACAAUAUGGACCAUAGAAAGAGUUGAUAGCCUACAAGAGUGGUAUAGUCCUGGUAUCUAUUCAAAACCAUAAGAGUCUUGAAAUGCAAAAUCUCACUUAUACAUCUUUGACUUUCCAUUAUAUAAACUGAGAAAGUGUUGGCAACUGAGAUGCCAGAGACAUGGGUCCUGGGCUCUUAACCCACUAAAGCCAUCUACAAUGGGGGCUAUUGCAUGUGGACAAAGUAGGACUUGUGGCAGCAGAGGGACACAUAAGGUAUGAGAAGAUAUGGUGUUUACCUCUGUUGGCUACACAACAAAAUUAGCUGAGCUUCUUUAUUCCAGAAAGAAAUGUACAAAUGCCCACCCAUUCUUUAUGGACCGUUUCCUGGCCACCUCCUGCUUUUCAGUAUCAACACAGUCAUCUGCAAAGCAGCUUUGGUUUUCUCUCUUCCUUCCUGUCAAUUGGGCCUUCUUUUUAGAUGACACAAACACUGUGGCUGCUGCCUAAAAUGGCUGCUCUAUGAGGAAGAGGCACUCAGUUGCAGUCAUGUUAUGGGAAAUGCAUGUCCUCUACCCCUGCAGAGGUAGCAUUUGAUGGCAACCAUGCUGUUUGCAUGACAUACAAAGUAGGCUUUAGUCCCUCACCAGAUAAAAUGUCCCACAUGGAUCACCAGCACAGCCUUGUGUACAAGCCCCCUGAAGAUAGGUGAUAAUGUGCUAGAACUACUGUGUCAUUCUAAAUGUGAUGAUAUCCCAUCUACCUGGGAUUUGGUGCAAUGGUUAGAAUUUGCAGAUAGUUGCUGCAAGUGGGCAGCUGAAGUGAGCCAAAGUGUAUCAUUAGUGUUGACUUUCCUCUAAACUGUGCUCUAAAGCUGAGUGCCUCAGCUGGAGUCCAAAGCUGAAAUCCAGUUCCUUCUGGAUGGACAGUCUCCUCAUUUCAUUCAGGUCCAUCUGCCUGUUGGAACUAAUGAUUUUCCCAUACAUGUUCCACUCUUAAUGAGCAGUGUAGAUAUACAAAAUGUCCUUCAACUGCUGAUCACACCAAAUAACUGACAGAUAGCUAAAUAACAGUGGGUGGCUCCCCCCUCCUGUUUAUUUAUAAGAAGAUUCCAGCUAUACCAGUGGUUCUCAACCUGUGGGUCCACAGAUGUUUUGGCCUUCAACUCCCAGAAAUCCUAACAGCUGGUAAACUGGCCAGGAUUUCUGGGAGUUGCAGGCCAACACACCUUGGGACCCACAGUUGAGAACCACCGAGCUAUACAGUCACCAAGGCAGCUCUGAUUACAUUUACAUGCAUGCAUGUACACACGCACACACAAACGAAAUGUUCCAAAAUAAUUUAAGCAAUACCAUAUGAUUAAAAAAUGCAGUCAAGAAUAGACUGAGGUGAGCAUAAUAAUCAACUAGCCAAAUUAAAUGACUGGCUAAACAGAAAAGUAGUUUAAAAGAUGUUAGAAAAGGCAGGCAUAUAAAGGCCAAAUUAACCUCUCAGGCCUGAAAGUUUUGCAGAGGACUCUGCUUUAUGUGUGUGUCAAGGGUGGAGGGGAAAGCUUGCAAUAGAUGGUGGCCUCAAUCCAAUAUCCCCUUACUUAGUAUAAAUAUCCACAUAUGGACCUACACUAUGCUAAGCCAUAUACCUUCUCUUAACUUACUGUAAAGUCUCUGAAGUCCCUCUGAAUUGCUGUUCCAUGCCUCACAGAAAGCAGCCAGGAUCAAUUCGUCUGUGUCCUCAUAGUUAAUUAUAGCAGCACUGAGAGUCCGGGAGAACACCCUCAGAUCUCGGGGCUGAUGUCAUCUUUUCAUAUCUGGUGGUUCUCAAGCUCUCAUCUGAUGCAGUUACAGGGCAACUGGGCUCUGGCCUAAGAGAGUUGGGAUCACAAAGCAUUUAGCUUGAUGGGAGAUGCCCAGAUGAGACUCUCCAUGCACAUAUCUUCUCAUGAGUUCAAUUGGAUUGCACCACACUCACAGCCAACAGGUUUUUAAAAAUAUUGUUCUGGCAGUCAGCUGCUGAGCACAGAGCCAUUUCUUAAACUUUCAUUGAAGAGAUUAGCAGAAAUAUGUGCCCACUUUCUGAUCAGGGGAACCAGGAUGCCUCAGUGACUAAUUAGAUGGGCAGAUUGAUUUUUAAUCAGCAGGUCACCAGCAUUCAAGUAGGAGGGAUGCUUCAACAGUUAAUUUCAGUGGUGAGAGGGAACAAGAAUCUGAGGUGAGUGGGAUUGUUCAGGUCUAAGAAGGGGAGGAGUGGGAUGCUCUGUCCCUUCUGAUGCUAUGGGAUGGCAACUCUCCAUAUCCAUGUGUUCGUGGUUAAUGGGAAUCAAAGCCCAUCAACACAGGGAGAGCAACAGUUCCCCUUCCCCCAUAAGUAUAGUUACCUUUCUGGCUAAACAGGCAAAACAGUUUUAAAUGAAAAAUGAGUUCGCUCAUAAGUGGCUGUAGUGAAAACUUCAAAGCCAUCUCUGGCUGCACGCACAGCUCUUCUCCAGAGUGAUUACUCAGUCUUUUUGAGUUGCUUUUUCCAAGUUUGAUGAGAAAUGUGCAUUUGACAGAGAACUAUAGCCAAUUCCAGCUGCCAGGCUGAGGAGAAGUGUCUCUGUAUAAAAUACGUACUUGCUGCACUCAUAUUUUACAUUUGAAGGGAUUUGGAAGGGGGAUAAUCACCCAGCCACUUUUCUUGUAAGUUGCUUUUGCAUGCCUUCAAGUAAUUUCUGGCUUAUGGUAACCCCAUCAUGGGGUUUUCUUUUCAAGAUUUGUUCAAAGGCAGGUUUGCCAAUGCCUUCCUCUGAGGCUGGGAGAAUGUGACUUGCCAAAAGCCACCCAGUGGGUUUCCAUGACUGACCAGUGCCCUAAUCCAACACUACACUGGGCUGGCCCUUUUUUAAAAGAAUGCAAUUCAAACAGAAUUUAUGAGGGCUGUUCAUACUGCAUUAAAUAUUGUAGGCGUGCACAAAAUACACAGUGGCCUAAAUCCUGUUAUCAGUCUUAAGCAGAGUAGACCCAUGUACUCAGUGGGAUUUAGCAAUGUGAUGACUCGCCAUUCAACAAUUGAUCAAAUGGAUCCACUCUAACUGGGACUAUCCAACAGGAAGACAGCAUGUUGACAAACCUUGAAAAUGUAGCUGCAGUUUGAAUGUUUACAGUAUACCUUUCAGUGGAAAUGGGGAUCUGUGGUCUUCAGGGAGAUGCUGAACUCCAGUUUGCAUUAUCUCACCCACCUGCCAGUCAUCAGGGACAAUGGUCAACCCUAGUCCAACAACAGUUGGAGGGCCACCACCUCCCUGUCCUACCAGGUUCGAAGCAGUGUGACUCGAUCCAGCCAUGCUUUUCUGCUAGGAUUUCUAAAAAGUAAUUUCUCAGACUGAAAACUGAAAGGAGGGAGAGAAAGAUUUAAACUUGAAAUCUCAAACAGUGUUUAGUCCCUCAGAAUAAAUGAGCAUGAAGCAGAUUUAGGAGCAAAGAACUAUUUGAAUGACCGUUGCAUAUCAUCCCCUUCUAUAGGAGAUGCGUGUUCCUCAAAACAGUAGCUUUCUGUGUUUCACAAAACAGGGCCUCGCCAACGUAGACAUACACAAUUGCACAGAUUCCCUAAGGAAGGGAAAGGCAAGAUACCAUUGUCAUUAUUUUCUUUCUAUGUCUCCUCCUGUUUAUCAGCGAUUAUAGGUAACCCGAAGAAAAUUUAAUGAAACCCUCCAUAUCUAAUUGUCACUGCAGAGUGUUUAACUUCUGCAAAGAUACAGCUACUGAGUAGAAAAGCCAAAUCCUUUUGGGCGGAUUUUGUGUAAAGUAUGCAAUAGGAAUUUGCCCCAGGAGGUUAGAGUGGAGAAAUAAGGUCUUGGAUCUUUUUGCAGCAUUGCUUGGGUAGAUAUAUUGGGCUCUUCCUUCCUGUCUGCUUCCCCAAGCUUUCAUUGAUCAAAUGUUAAUCAGUGGCCAAAGUAAGCUGAAAGCAAAGAACAACAGCUUUUGAAUGGUAAACCUUCUGAUACUGGUUCUAUUUGAGGUAUGCAGACAUUCCCACCUUUACCUUUCAAAGACUGAUAAAGGUCGAAAUCCAUGAUAGCCAUGCAAUGGCAUGAGAGCAGCCCUGAAGCAAAGAGCAAAAGCAUUUGAUUCAGUACCAUCCUGCUUGGUGUGCCACUCAAUCCUCUCACCCUGAGACUGUAUGAAAGGUCUUUUUUCUCAUAGGAAACACUCUUGAAUGCUUGCGAAUGACAUUAAUUAAAGAGUAUUGACAAAUAUAAGAAGGGAGGGGAAAUUUCAUAGGGGUUUGGAGCAAAACUUUAGGGACAAAUGCAUCAGAUACUUUCCAGCAAAGUUGUAGCAAUAAUUUUGAAUUGGACAGGUCUCGGAGGGGAAACGUGAUUCCCCUUGUGUGGCAUAUUGGCUGCUAAUUAACAAGAUGAUUUGGUUUUAUUUCUGAGGUGUCUUCACUGAAUUUAAAGGCAGAAAUGGUAUUCAUUGUAUUUUAUCUGCUGAAGAUCUGUAAGAAUGAGGAGGACAGAUAUAUUCUGUUCGUAUAAUAUUUAUGUAAAUCUAGGGGUGGGGAGGGAUCAACGAUCCAUUAUCUCAUUAGUUAGCAAACAAAAAAAUGGCAUUUGGUGUCUCUUUUGUGACCUUUCAUGAUUUGUGGAAGUUCUCACCCUUCGGUGCAGAGCUGCGCCUUAUUGUUGCUCUGACCACAUGCUUUGCGGCUGCUUCUCUGAGCCUCCAUCCCAGCGGCUGAGAGAGGGGCUCUGUCGCAAGAGUCCCUCUCCUCUGAGGAAGCCAAGUUGUAUCGUAAUCUGCUUCAUCGGUGGGAUACUGUUUCCUGAGGGGGAGGCCGAAAGUCCAACCCCCUUCGUGCUUUAGCCCAGUUUAUGGAAUUCAUGUUUAUUCUCCAGUAGUUCUGAUGAGGAAGUACAUUCGUAUCUGUAUCUUUGCACUGACUCUUGGUUGCGCAUUAAGCUUCAAGGCAGCAGUAUUUGACUGUUUUUCUCUGUAUUAUCCUUGUUGUUAUAACUUACCUGUAAAAGCACAUUCUGUAGGUACUGUAAACAAAACUAUUACCAGUUUAGUACAAACAAACAAAAAUAGAGUCUUAAGGAUUUUUUCCACUUUUGUCAGUAACAAAUAUUUAUGGAUUCAGAAAUAAAGCAAUUUCAACAGAAAAAAAGCCCACUUGAUUCUUUUUGAUGCACUCGGAGAAACACUGGAAAACAUCUUUUAUGGCUACUUUUCAAAUCUAUUAAAGCAGGCUUUGAGAAAUUAUAAUGUAAUAUUGUAUUUCUGCAUGUACUUGUACGCGUUAGAAAUGUGACCUAUUCGAGCUUUCCUAACCUGGCACCCUCCAGAGGUAUUGUACUUACUACAUUACACGUCAUUUUCACCUGGCAUGGUCCAUGAUCUUACUGGAUGGGGAUGAUGGAAUUUAUAGUCUUACGGUAUUUGACCAAUGAUCUAUUGCUUCAGAUUAAAUGGCGCUCUUGUUUUACUUGUUAACAUCUGCAAUAAAGUACCUACAACUUGGAAUACUAAUUUCUCAACUGAAGGAGGAAGGAAAGAAGAGAGCACAACAAAAGUACAGCUUUCCACAAAGCACAUAGCAAGACAGAUACACAGAGAUCAUGCAAUUUAGUGUUGAGCUAUUCAAGAAAUCAAUGAAAACUCAAUUCUCAUUUUGCAUUGGAAUGAGAAUAUAAUUUACUGAAAGCAAUUCCCCUUCCUUCAUCUUUUUUUUCCCUGAGGGACAAAUGUUGGUUAAGGUUGCUACCUUUUGCUCUGUGGCAGGGGAUCAUUGAUAAAUUUCACAUGACAGCCCAUCCCAUCCUUGUACCUGCAUGACAAGAAGUGAACACACCGAGUUUCAGCUCAUUACAUGGUGUUUACAGCCCAAACACCCUAUUAGUAAACGAGGAGAACUUGUUUGAUUUUUAUUUUUCACAGGUUAACAUUUUCAUGUUUUUUUUAAAAAAAAAAUCCAGCAAGUGAUGCUGGCAAGUAUGCUGUUAUGACUGAUUUCUUGAGUUUCAUCAGUUCAAUUAUUUGAGGUACAAAUAGCCUCGUCUUCAAAUUUAAGCACAUUCCAAAUUCUUUCAUACAGUGUAUCAGAAGACUACACCACUGAGAAAAGCCGAUCUAAGUCUGGUGUGACACGAGGCAAGGCAAGCAAACUACCAGCUGAGAAAAAUCACUGCUCAUGGGAACAUCCCAGGUUGAGGUCAGAGCUGAUUUGGAGUGAGAACAGACUAAGUAAAGAAACUCUGGGGGUUGUUAUUAAACAAAAAUGGCAGGAACAAGUUUGUUUACAUAUUUACAAUUGGUCGGAAACAGAGGUCAUGUUAAUAUUGUAGAAUCUUGCACAUUGUGCAGUUCCUAGGCUAUUGUCCAGAUGCAUAGUCUUCCCACAAUGAACUGACAAGCAAAGCAAUAUUGGUAGUUACUGCAAAAGACGCCUUUUUGGCUAGAUUUGAAGAGGCCAACAUUUUGAUGCCUGAGAUAAAGAACAAGUGAAAUCCAUGGCAGUCUUACUUCCAGACUGACAAUAAGACACCAUUUUCCAGUGUACCUGAAGGCACAGGCUAGCUCAGAGGCAGCACUGGUGAGCCACGUGGCUCACACCUGACUCUGAUUCUUGAAGUCUUGCCACCAUUUCCAACCACCAUUCACUGCCUAAUAGGUCUGUCUAAGGGUGCUUCCAGACAGUACCAAAACUCAGGACAAAGAAAUUGGUUUUUAAAAUGCGGGACCUCAAAGGGAGUCAAAACACAGACUUGUCAGUCCCGCUGCAUCAUCCCCACCAUUCUCGCAUCUUUUUUUUUUAACUGAAUUAAGAUGGAGGGCAGACAGGGGACAUCCAGCAGAAGUUUUAUUUUAAAAAUAUUAACCCCAGAGAUGUGCAUAUAUGCAUAUAAGGCAUAAUGGAACAAUUAAAAAUACUUCCCUCAGAUUUCUGUCUUCCUCCAAUUGUUAAUUCAAGCUCUGUUUAACAUUACAAGGUGUAAAAGACAGAAUUUGAUAGAGUUCUAUUUGCUUUCCACUUAUGCUUCCCUGAGCCACCUGUGUCUCCGUUUGAGAGCUGAUCAGCUGUUUCAGACUUUUCAGAAAUGGAGGAUAGGAAAGUACAUGUUUUCCAUGCCUGCUGGGAUACACAGACAUGGAAAGAUGCAUGUUUCUCAGGAAGAAUCGGGUUUAAAGGACACCUUUUAAAUGCGUGUUUUUCAGCUCUUAACCCGAUUAAUCCUGAUUCCUCUCACACUUUGGCUAAAUGUUGUUUAGUCACACACACACAUACCUUUUAACCUGCUUCCUCUCAGGUUGUAAUGCAUGCGUAAAAGGUUCCAAAGAGAGAAGGGGUGGCUGCGCAGAGGAGCAAAGUGGAACUGACAAAGGGACUAAAAUUAAUAAAGUCACACCAGAGCUGCCUUGCUAACUUGAAAGCAAACUAAGUUCUUCAGCUGUGUAAGAAAUAGCACAGACAAAGCACACACAAGAAGUAAACCAAGUAACAUGCAAUGAUCAAAAAUUUGACAGUGUCAUCUAUCUAUCAGAAAGGAACACACAUCAUAUCACACAAAUAGAAUGUCUCACAAGCAGUAUGAAAUUGUAUAGUGGACAAUAAAGAUGCUCAAAUAUGUUCUUAUCAAGAACAUGCUACCAAGAGUCAUGUGGCACCCUGAAAACUAACAAGUUGAUGAAAAAGUCCACUUCCUCAGAUGCCCCAUCGCAAUGUAAUAUAUCUUGUCCUUUCAACUAUUUGUUUUAUUAUAUAGCCAUCAAAACAGUACAAAAUGCACAAUAUCAGAAUAUGGAUGUAUUCACAGGCUAACGACGUUAUACCACGCUGUUUCCCCGUUUCUGAACAGUUUAAAGAGAUAGAUGAUGAAUGAUGGAGCCUACCGCAUAACAAAGGGGGAAUCCCUGUCAGCAUCCGUCAUGCCCCCUCAGAGAAGUGUCUGAGAAGUCCUGGGAAACCCAGGGUGGGCGGGGAGAAGGAGAGAGAGAAGAUGGUUAGAGAUCAUCUUCUAAGCUUAGGAAUUGCUAUGAGACAGGAGAAAACAGAUGAAAAAGCAUGUGGGAUGGGAUCUGUCAAAUUUGACCAUGUUAAAUUACUUCAGUGACAUGGAGUAAGGGCGUUCUUGUGGGCUGCUACUUCAUGACCUUUACUUGGCAUGGUCAAGUCAGAUUUCCCCUCAAGUGGUGAUUGGCGUAAGAACAGCUGCUUGGGUCUACUCUAGGUAGGUAAAGGUUUUCCCCUGACGUUAAGUCCAGUCAUGUCCGACUCUGGGGGUUGGUGCUCAUCUCCAUUUCUAAGCCGAAGAGACGGCGUAGUCCGUAGACACCUCCAAGGUCAUGUGGCCAGCAUGACUGCAUGGAGCGCCGUUACCUUCCUGGUACUUAUUGAUCUACUCAUAUUUGCAUGUUUUCGAACUGCUAGGUUGGCAGGAGCUGGGGCUAACAGCGGGCGCUCAUUUCGCUCCCGGGAUUUGAACCUGGGACCUUUCAGUCUGCAAGUUCAGCAGCUCAGCGCUUUAACACACUGCGCCACCACCCGGGUCCCCUCUAGAGUAUGUAUGUAUGUAUUUAUUUAUUUAUUUCCAACAUUUAUAUCCCGCCCUUCUCACCCGAAGGGACUCAGGGUGGCGUACAAAAUUGGCAAUAAUUCGAUACCUGCACAUAAUUAAAACAGCAAUGAAAAUCCAAUUAAAACAAUUAAAACAAUAUAAAAAAUAUAAAACAUAUGAUUAAAAUCCAUUCAUCCAAAAUCCUGGUGCUGUAGCCGUAAAUCAGAGUAGCUGAAUCAGAGGGGAAACUCAGGUUUCUCCCCAAGUGGUGUCGUAUUUAAGAUCUGCUGCUUAGGUCUAUGUAGAAUAGCUGGAUUCGAGAGGAAAGUCAAGUAUCAAAUAAGCUUUUUUCAAAGGUUUUUUCUUUCAAAAAUGGAGUGGGGGGGGGGGGGACCACGCUAAUUCAUGGGAUAAAUCUGGGAAUUGCUAAUUCCGGGGAAAGUGGCAAGAAAAGACAAUGUGUGAUGAGAAAUGGGAGGAUAUCCUUUUAAUGCUAUAGGACAUAAUCCAUGGUAAUAUGACACUCCCCCCUCCCCAAGCGUGGGAUAACAUCCAUAGUUUCAUCCUAAGGAAUACAAUGGGUACCUACUGAAGACCAGAUGAUUAUGAAGAGUGUGGUUUCUUCUCUUUCAAGCUUCUGUCAAAAACAGGGCUAAGUUGUGCUGGCAAAGCAGUUCUAGAGAUGAAAGGAAGGAAGAAGGGCAGCGAAUAACAAAGGAAAAUGAAAAGUGCUCAUGGAGUGUGAGUGUGUGCAUUUUAAGGGAGGGAUGUUUUAGGACUCAAAAUAUCAAUAUAUUCUCUCAGGCACCAAUGCCUCUUGCCAUAUCUACAGGCAUUAAACAGCAAAACUUUCCAUAGAAAACCUACUCACCAUCAACCAAACUGCUCCCCCUCAAACCCUGCAAGACACAGACAAAAAGAGACAGACAUACUCAUUUAUCUACAAAAACAUGAAUCUAUGGAUUGGGUCCAUAAUAAUACCUGUGACAAAUAGAAGGUAUAUUUGUAUUUCCUUCUAUGUUUUGUGGCACUCAUCUCUUCCCAAACCACAGAUAAAUCCAUUCGCUCCCAGCAUCUCUGUGAAGCAUUAUCAGGGGGCUGCCAUAGGGAUGGAUAGGGGGUAGGGGAGUCUGCUUCUGCCAUCCUAAUCUCAUGUACCACAAUCCAACCCUACUACACAAACAAAAACAGUAGAGAGUGACCAACCAAUAUUAAAAGGGGGACUGGUAUUUUAAUAGUCUCAAAUGACUGAAAUGCUCCCAUUCCAGCAAUACCUCCACAAUCUUCCCAGUCUCCCACUUUAUCACCCGCUAUUGAUGGGCAAAACCCAUCAAUUGGUGCGAACCCUGCAAUGUUUCCAUCACCUACCUUGGGGUGAUUGCCCAUUACACUGCAAAGCUGGCAUGCCAGCGAUAAAGUGAUGUCAGGGGACAGGAGUCUUCUCCUCUUCCCCUCACUAUUUCUGAGUGUUUUAUUUAAUAUUUUACAGUAUUAUUUACCUUUAAAAAAUAAAUCAAGACUGAAACUGUGAAUCAGCUUCAAAUAGAAUCAUAGAAUCAUAGAGUUGGAAGAAACCUCACAGACCAUCCAGUCCAACCCCCUGCCAAGAAGCAGGAAAAUGGCAUUCAAAGUACCCCUGACAGAUGGCCAUCCAGCCUCUGCUUAAAAGCCUCCAAAGGAGGAGCCUCCACCACAUCUGGGGGAGAGAGUUCCACUGCCGAACAGCUCUCACAGUGAGGACGCUCUUCCUGAUGUUCAGGUGGAAUCUCCUUUCCUGCAGUUUGAAGCCAUUGUUCUGCGUUCUAGUCUGCAGGGCAGCAGAAAACAAGCUUUCUCCCUCCUCCCUAUGACUUCCCCUCACAUACUUAUACAUGGCUAUCAUGUCUCCUCUCAGCCUUCUCUUCUGUAGGCUAAACAUGCCCAGCUGUUUCAGCCACUCCACAUAAGGCUUGCUCUCCUGAUCCUUGAUCAUUUUAGUUGCCCUACUCUGGACGCUUCCCAGCUUGUCAACAUCUUUUUUCAAUUGCGGUGCCCAAAAUUGGACGCAGUAUUCCAGGUGUGGUCUGACCAAGGCAGAAUAGAGGGGGAGCAUGACUUCCCUGUAUCUGGACACUAUACUCCUAUUGAUGCUUUUUUUUGCCGCUGCAUCACACUGUAGGCUUAUGUUUAACUUGUUGUCCAUGAAGACUCCAAGAUCUUUUUCACAUGAACUGCUAUCGAGCCAGGUGUCCCCCAUUCUGUAUCUUUGCAUUUCAUUUUUUCUGCCUAAGUAGAGUAUCUUGCAUUUGUCCCUGUAGAACUUCAACUUGUUAGUUUCAGCCCAUCUUUCUAAUCUGGUCAUUUUGAUUUCUGCUCCUGUCUUCUGGAGUAUUAACUAUCCCUCCCAGUUUUGUGUCAUCUGCAAACUUGAUGAUCAUGCCUUCUAGCCCUUCAUCUAAGUCAUUAAUAAAGAUGUUGAACAGAACCAGGCCCAGGACAGAACCAUGCGGCACUCCACUCGUCACUUCUUUCCAGGAUGAAGAAGAUGCAUUCUUGAGCACCCUUUGGGUUCGUUCACUUAGCCAAUUACAGAUCCACUUAACUGUGGUUUUGCCUAGCCCACAUUUGACUAGCUUGUUUGCCAGAAGGUCAUUGGCGACUUUGUCGAAAGCCUUACUGAAAUCCAGAUACGCCACAUCCACGGCGUUCCCCGUAUCUACCCAGCUCGUAACUAUUGAAAAAAGAGAUCAGAUUAGUCUGGCAUGAUUUGUUUUUAAUAAAUCCGUGUUGACUAUUAGCAAUGACUGCAUUUGUUUCUAAGUGUUUGCAGACCACUUCCUUAAUGAUCUUUUCCAGAAUCUUGCCUGGUAUCGAUAUGAAGCUGACCGGAAGGUAAUUGUUUGGGUCGCCUUUUUUUCCCUUCUUGAAGAUAGGGACCACAUUUGCCCUCCUCCAAUCUGCUGGGACUUCUCCCAUUCUCCAAGAACUCUCAAAUAUGAUUGCCAGUGGUUCCUAAAUAACUUCCGCUAGUUCCUUCAAUACUCUUGGAUGUAGUUGAUCUGGCCCUGGAGACUUAAAUUCGUUUAGAGAGUAUUAUGGAGCAGUGGAAGCUUGGGAAGGCAGGGUUCCCAAGGGUAUGUGGAAACAUGAUCCUGGUUCUAUGGACUGGUGAAUCAGAGCAAUAGCAAGAAUGGUGUGAUAACAAAAGUGCUCAUGCCAGUAAGUAUUUGGUAUUGUUGAUCAUGUGACUGCCAUGGAAUAAUGCCUUCAUGAGAUAAAGGACCUCUUCAUACAACCUUUUUGGACUGUGCUGUUGGGCCAGCAAUUGCAGGCAAAAGGGGUGGCAUGCGGGACCCCACGCACCCUCACUCCUGUCCUUAUCACACGGAUGGGACAGGAAAGGAUGCAUUUGCACCCUUUUCCUCCCCUCAUCAGACGUCAUAAAGAAUGUCAACGCGUGUUGCCCUGCUGGCCUUUCUGCCAUCACACGGAGAAAUUGAAGGAAAGUUAGGGGUAGCUCCAUGAGAGCUACCCAAAAUACACUUUCCUACCCGUAGUCAUGGAGGAAGCGCCUUUUGGCAUCCCCCCCCCCAACUUUGGGAGGAAAGUAGGAGGGGCCUGCCGUGCGUUGUGUGAUGGUGCAUGGCAGGUGCUGUCCUUGCUGCAAAGCAAAGCAGCAAAAACAGCAAAAAUGCCCCAUGUGAAGAGGUGGAAAGUCCUAUACCUGAGCUUUCCCCUCCCCUCCACUUCUCCCUUCAUUAGGCUUCCCAGGAAGAUCUCUGUUGCUCAGGAUCAUGCCAGAUGCUCAGUGACGCAAGCAAUGCAAACUCCUCUGUUGAAUUGAAUUAGUUGCUUUGAAACUGAGAGUCGGUUGCAGAGAAAAUCAGAUUAGAAAGAUACUGAAGCAAAGCUGGUUCUGCCAAAAGUAUUGCACUGUUGCUGGAAAGGAGAAAUACUUGGUUCCCAGAGGAGAAAGUCAGGAGAUCCACUAGUAUCUUCCAGCAUCUGCUUCUGUGCUCUUUGGGGCAGACAACCCAUACUGAAGAUUGCAACAAAAAAAACCCUAGACUGAAGGCAGCUGUGGCUCAAUACUGUUCUUUGGAGAGCUCCGUCUUGCAUAUUAAGAGCCAUUUGGCCAACGGCUGUUUGUUGCUUAAUAAAAACAGUGGCAAAGCCUCUCUUCUAAUAGAUUUGAGAAUUUAACACAAGGCAUAUGCUUGUAAUAGCCUGAUGUGCAGCCAAAAGCCAGCCAUGGUACAUUAUUAUUAUUAUUAUUAUUAUUAUUAUUAUUAUUAUUAUUAUUAUUAUUAUUAUUGUACAAUGUUUCUUCAGUUCUAAGACACCAUUGAUUCCAGUACUAACAGAAUAAAGCUGUAUUUAUGUGUAUAUAAAAGCACCCAUGAUUCUAAGACCCAUCCCAUUGUUUAUAUGUUUAUAUGAAGUAAAAGUGCAUCUUAGAAUCAAGAAAUACAAUAAUUGUAUCUGCCUGUUAAAAGAGAAGAUUGGAGAAGAAAUGGAAACCACUGAAGUGCAUUCGGAAAGCGCAUGUGGAGCAAUAUGUCACAAAAGGGAAAUAACAGUGACAUGGGACUUAGAUAAGAGUCUUCUAGAUGUUGAACUACAACUCCCAGUAUUCAUGACUUGACUGGGAUGAUAAGGGUUUCUGCCAAAUCUGUUCUACACCUGAAUAUAAAGGUUUAUAUCUAUAUGUUUAUUUAAAAAAUACCUGGUAAUUAUUUCUCCUGAAACAUUGAUGGCAAAGCAGAAUCUGGAAGUGUAAGGAGGACUGCCAGUAUAAAAGCACAACACUGUCACUGCUAUUAAACAAAUACAGUUCUUUAAACUAUUAUUGUUUUAUGUCCUCUUGGGGCCAUUAUCUAUCUCUAAGUGACUAUGAUAUGCUGAGAUCCAAUUUCUCAACCCCCGAAAUUCAGCAUUUUUAAUAUCAUGACUGCUUGCUAGUAUCUAGCUUAUAAAACGGAUCAUCUUCAAUAUUUUCUUGCCUUGUGCAUUUAAGGCCAUCAACAUCUGUGAAUUUGGUACUUGCUGGAAAUGUUAUUUGCUCUUUUGCUCUUAUUUACUUCUGUAAUGUUUUCACUUUCUUGCAUGCUGUUAGCUCUGUUGCUUAUUAUUAUGUUUUAUUCCUGCCACAGCUAUGAAGAUUUUUAAUCUGCAACAAGCCAUUCUGUGGACUGUAAAGUGCAAAUGCAGCAUAUACUUUCAUAAAUAAUUGCCUCAUGUUGGUCUUUAGUAACCAGAUUUGCUUAGAAGCCAACAUACACAACAAGGGUUUCCAAGUUGACUUUUAAGAUCAGACUCUGGGAUCUUGAACGGGAACUUCAAAGGGAGAAUUCUGCAGCUUCGACUUUCCUAAUGAUGCAAUAACAUUUUAUAUAGCUGUUGAUAAUGUGAAUAUUGUAUUUCUCCAUUUCUUCUGAAAAUGUCAAUUUCUCCAAGGAAAAAGUCCCUUCCACCGCAUGGCUUCAAAAUUAGAGUAUUUUUUCCUCAAGGCUAUUCCCAAUGCCACUUCUUUUUGGCACCUGCCACUUCAGGUGGCCGCUUCUCCCUGCCUGAUGGAAGUACGGUGCCACGAUCUGGCACUGUGAGACCAAUCUCUGGUAAUAAACUCAUAGCAACACCUUGCUUUUGUCCGUCAUCUUUGCCAAGGUGGGCCAUGAAUUCCGUGUUCUGUACUGAGCAAACUAGGAGCAGCUCAUCUCCUGAAGGACACCCCAUUGAUUUUGUGUCUGGCACCUGCCUGGGCUCUUAUUACAAACUGCUUAGUGAAUGUUCUUUGGCAUUGCUUGUUCUCUUGGGCCAAGGCUUUAUGACAUGCCAUGGACAUUUUGUGCAGUGUUUUCCUCACUGUUGCUGGCAAAGGAAGGAAAAACAGGAGAAAUGGAUAAGGGAUUUAUCCUUACAUGCCCUUCACUGCAGCCCGGUGCCAACAUCAGGCACAGCAGAACUAUGAUCUCACCCUUUUGAUGAUUGGGGAGGGAAUGGCUACAAGCGCCACAGAUUCUCUUGAAAUGGCUUUUGCCACGGUCUCAUCCAAUGCUCACAGGUGCAGUCCUGUUUCUAACAUAAAGCAUACCUGGAAUGUGAGCCUGUUAGGGAUGUGAGUUCAGCUGGUUUAGUCCUAGCUCUUUUUUUCUUGAUCACUGCGCAACUUCUGUGUUGUGCUAUGUGAUACAUAAAGCAGGAAAUAAUGAGCACUAUGAUUCAGCCUGGCUCUGAAAGACAGGGAAUUACCUCCAUAAAAAGACCUCCCUAUUUUUGUCCUGUCUUCUGGUUUGUUCUGAAGUCAGUGCUUUUUGACAAUAUCCUAAAUGUCCAGAUCAAAUUUAUUUAAGAGCAGUGUUACUAUCCAAGUAAUCAUAACUGCCAUUUUGAGGCCCAUGAUCUUACAAACUCUCCAAAGCUUCUUAUCAAUGUUGGACUGGGAGUUGAGAGCUCCGACUGGUAUUUUAAUGGGUCUCAAAUGAGUUCAUGUUUCCACAGAGUCAUGAAGCAUGGCCCAUUUCCUCUUUCCCAGCUUGAUCUACUUCACAUAGUUGUUGUGAGGAUAGAAUUGGGAGAAGGAGAACCAAGCAUGGUUCCUGUAACUAGCAAAUGGAAUAAGCACACUCUUCUCCAAAGCAGAAUUUUUCUUUGUUUUCAUAAAGCAACUCAAAGAGGAUUUGAAUACAAUAAUAUUGCAAACCUAACCUAUUCCGUCAAUAUGGGGAUCAAAAAUACUACAUAUCCUGUUAAGAUAUGUAAUAUUGGGCAUUCCAUAACCUACUGCAAAACAUAAUUUAUUGCAUAAGCUAUUGGAACGUAACUGCACCCAGUCUAUGGGCACAUAUCCUUUUUGGCAAAUGUGACUCUCCAUAAAAACGUAGAGACCACCUUUGGAAAACCACUAGUCAAGAAAAGCAUGGCUGUGUUAGAAGGCAACUCUUUUAACAAGUGAUAUUCACAAGCAUUCAUGUAAUAGCACACAGGUAACUUCAGCUGUUAAACUGAAGAAUCAUGUCUUUAGACUGCCAAGGGUAAAGACAUGCCACUCAAAAUAUAUUUGGUUAGCAGAGGAUGGUUGUUUUUUUUGCAGUUGGAAGUUGCCCAAAAGGUAUACACUCCCUUUAAACCUCUUAGUUAAAAUAUGCACUCAGAGAUAAAAGAGACUUCUUUGGAAAAUAAUAUAUUUUAUAUUAAUUCAGCAUACAGACACAUUUCUUAAUAAAGUUCAGUUACAGAUAGGAUGUAGCUUCUUCUCUCUGCGUUGAGAACACAGAAUAUCAGUCUUUAUCAAUAGUCCAUAGUCUUUAGUAUAGUUAUACUCACUGAAGUCCGUAAGCAAAUGUUGAAGUCUCUAAACUGACUUCUCCACUUUAGUCCAAACAGCAACUUGUAUGCAUUUACCUCCUCUGAGGUCUGAUGCAAGACAUCUGCUCUCAUUAAAGUUCAAACAGAUACUUCUCCAUUGAAGUGCAAACAGAUACUGAAUACAAAAUGGAGUCUUGAGUCUGCACAUGCUCAGUAUAAUCAGAUGUCUAAAACUCCUCCCACACCAAAGAGUCUAAUCAACAUACAUAUAGAAUACAGGUUAUCAAAUAUGCACAUUAACAAAUAAAUAGUGAGUGGCUUGGGAGGUUGCUAUUUCCAACACACCAGGCCCGUAGCCAGGAUUUUGUUUUGGGAGGGGCUGGGAUUUUGGUUUGGGGGGGGCUGAGUCUGAGCGGGAGAGGGUCUACCCUAGCAAACCUUUUGUAUCGUUAUCCCAAUACCCCCAUGUAUAUGGGAUAUAUUGAGCAUGGUGAUCCGAUCAUGAUAUGAAUGAACAUAACAGUUUAAAUAAUAAAUGUAAGGCCUUCUCGUGGACUACCCUGAGAAUUGGGGGGGGGGGGGGGCUGAAGCCCCUCAAGCCCCCCCCCCCCGCUACAUGCCUGCAACACACCAUAUAUGCAUAUGUAUGUAACUAUUCAUUUUACCAUCAGUAGGUUUAAUAAAUCUAAACAGCUAUAUGAAUCUGUAUUUGUUUUAGUUUGUGAUCAGAGUAUGACUACUUACUUAAUGACAAAGUUGAAAGAAUUUAAACCAACACGCACCAAGGGCAACUGAAGGGGGGCUAGAAAUCUUGGUAUCCAAAUAGACAGUUCGAAAACCCUUAAUCUUGAUAUCUGUAUGAAAAUCAAAUUUAAUGUAUCAAAAACUAUAUUUACACUUCCUCAUUAUUAACAUAAAUAUAAUUGAACUAUGAGUCAAACUGGGAUUUUUAAUUUUAGAGGUAUAAAAAUGGAUGUUAGUGUGGUGGUAUUACAUGCAGUAGUAAGAAGCUAAUGUGUCCUAUUACUGAUAGGUGGUGCACAUGUUGCUGUCCAGUCCAGAGACUGUUAAUCAAGAUUAAUAAUAAUAAUAAUAAUAAUAAUAAUAAUAAUAAUAAUAAUAAUAAUAAUAAUAAUAAUAAUAAUUUAUUUGAAGCCCGUCCUAUCUCCCUGGGUGGACUCAGACAACAGUGUUAGUGUGUGCAUGGAAUAGAAUGCACUGAUGACGUUUCUUAUAAAUGAAGGUGUAAAACCUGUGGGUAUCUACAGAAGACUUCAAGCAUAAAUCAAUGAUGAGAUACUCAGCUGUAGUAAGACAUUUAAAUAAUGUAAACAUUUCAAAAAUGAAACAGUGUGAGCGAUGAUCUCGGCCUUGGUGGUUCCCAGCCUACAUAGUGAAACACUUGGUCCUGAAUAAUUGACACAUAACCAGUUGUGAAAUAGCACAAAGGAUUAAUUUUUCUGUGGAAACAGUGAACACAAUCAUUCACAAACAUUCAGCUUCAAAAAAUUAGUGCACACUGGGUACAAAGACAACUUUCUGCUUUUGACUGGGACAAAAGAGAAGUCUGCACUGAGUUGAACAGGGAAGACCAGGAUUUUCUGGAUCUUAUCAUUACAUGUGAUGAAACCUGGGUACAUCAUUUCACUACGGCAUCUAAACAAGCAUCAAAUUAGUAGAAGCAUGCAGAUUCAUCACCAUUUUUUUUUUUAGCAAUUGCAUCUGCAGGUAAAGUGAUGGCAAAUCAAAACUUCAAUAGCAAAAUUCGGAAAUGGUAGAUAUCUAAGAUAGUAAACAUUGGAGAUAUGGCUUUGUGGCUGCAAGGCUCUCUUUGUAAAAGGCACAAGAGUGGCUUCUCAAACAGGUAGGGGAAAAUGUCUCUUUCAAGAUCCCAACCACUGCCACCAUUAAAUGUGGGACACCCUGCCCAAAGCCCUUUACAUUUAGGCUUAGGGAAUCUUUUUCUUAAUAUCCCACACCUUUGCCACACCUUUUUAAUAUGGGAUCUCUCAAAUCCCCCUAUGACAGGGGGCAAUCCUUUCAGGAUCCCAGCCACUGCCAGCUAUAAAACUUGACUCUGUGCGUGUGCAUGUAUGAGACGAUGUGACACUGAAGGGAAGUAUGUGAGACAAAUCUUCCGCUGACUCUAAGUAGAGCAAUUCACCACUCAGGAACACAGUCUUUAUUAAAAAAUAAAUAAUUAUUUAUUUAUGGUUUCUUUAGUCCAAAAAGCGUAACUUGUUGCAAAGGUUUACUUCUUCAGUUUCAUUUGUACAUAAUAUAGAUAAUAUCUUUCAUUCUUUAACAUCAACCACUUGACUGAAACUUUGUCUCAACAGUAUUUCUUUUCCUCAGCUCUAUCUCACUGGAAACCUAAACCUAACUGACUUCAUACAUCUUUCUAGCUCACCAGCUAGAGAACUACAAUAACUGAACCCCAGACUUCUUCCUAGCUCACCAGCUAGAGAACUUCACUAACUGAAUUUCAGACUUCUUCCUAGCUCACCGGUUAGAGAACUUCCAUAACUGAACUCUUUUUAAAACAUUUCCUCCUUUUUCAUCCAGCUAGCUCCACCCCUUUCAUGCUAGCUUUGAAAUAGUUACAUUUCUACAUAAGCAACUACGUUACCAUGGUGACACAUAGCCAAUCAGCAGUAGCUAACUCCUGCCCACCUUUACCACUGAAUCAACAUUAAAUAACAUAGACAAAAAUCCCCAAUAAAAUAAGGUUUUCCAUUACAAUGGCAUUUUACCACAGCAGUCUGGCGUGCAGAGCACUAGGGCUAGCAAUCGGUUAAUUAAUGCUGCUGGUUUUGUCUUUUGUGAUACUUCUGUGCUUUUAACAGCUUCAUUAUGGGAUAAAAUUCAGCCUAUCACACUCUCCUUGUGUUAUUAUUCAUUUGACUCGAUUGCAACCAAGAAAGAAGACCUGAUUAGGGUAGAGUUGUUAGUUGUGAACUGUAUAUACCACAAAACUCAAUUUCUUCUAACCAGAAAACCGAGCGGCAAAUCAAACUAGUCCUCCUCUGUGGUUAGCAUUUUAUGAUGUAUUAUUUUCCCCAGUUAAUUUCCCAGCAGGACUGUGUAACUGAAAGGGAUUUGUAGGCUGCCUUCUGUGGAGAUGAGCCAAAAAUUAAACACCACUCAACUGGCAGCAAGCAACACUUUAGAAACAACAUCUGGCACCCCAGACAUCCACAACAGGCACGAUCCAUCCAAAGCUCCCCUUAUGCAAACCCUAUAGCAGCUUUCCGGGGCUUCUUGUUUAUUUUAUUCUCCAAAGUUGCUAGCAUCUCUAUCACAAGGAAUGUGCGGUCGGCUAAGGAAUGGGAAAGGAAUUCCCAUUUCUCUGUGGAAAUUUUACUCAUUCCUUAUCCCCAAAUACUAGCAGUAGAACAGGGCAUAAUUCGAUGGCAGAAAGAAAUGUAACAGAGAACUGGAGACUGUAAAAGCAGGGAUGUGAGCCAGAUUGUGUUCCUAAGUGAGAGACAAGAAAGGUGAAAGACUCCCAUCAACACAAUUUUUUCAUAUAGCAAUAGAAGAGAGGCGUUCAAUUUUUUCUUCUAUGGUGACAGUGCAGAUAAGGAAUGAGACUGAGUUUUGAUGAAUACAUUUUAAACAUACUGUGAACCAAGCAGAAACGUUCCCCAAGAAAAUCAUGCAAUCUUCUCUAGAACACAAAGCAAAAAAGAAAGUAAAGAUCCACAUGUGACUGAUUAAAUCAUGUUAGCAGGGAGCUGAGUGAAUCAUGUAUUAAAAGAUCACACAGUGUGCAACAUAUAGUCAGGUGGAAUGAAAGCCAGAUUAUCAAGUAUGAGUGAUUUAACUUUGGAGGAGGGCAUUUGCUAAAAUGUGUAAAAUGAGAGAAAGAAGACCUCAUGUUCCCAGGAGAUAUAAAGAAAGCAAUUCUAAAAGAACAUUUCCAGUUGCCUCCUAUAGAAAAAAUUGUCCAUAAAUUAGCAGGAACAGAACUAUUUGUAUCCUUGGUGCCAGCUAUCUUUCAGAUAAUAAGAAAUGCAAGCGAUGUUCAUUCAAUACACUUUUGGCAGACAGAGAUUACAAGAUUAGCAUACCCUGUAACUUCAGUUUCAUGGAAAAAGGAUCCAAUCUGUAUUUAAUAGCCUUCAUGGUAUCAUACCUUUUACAUAGUAUAAUUUUAUGAGAGGUAAGGAACAUGAGAUAACAGCCACAAGAGGAAUACCAACUACCAAUGACUCAAGAUGUUGAGAUGUCAGUCUAGAAAAAAGUCAGUCAGGUGAGUGAAAUUAUGCUGAACUGUUGCAAAGUAAAAUGAAAUGUAUACCAUCUCAAGCUCCUUCAAAGAAAAGCAGGUUUAGAAAUCAAAUACAAAGAAAUAAAACAAAGAAAAUACAAAUAAAUGUGUCAUAGAAUAAUAGAGCUGGAAAAAAAACACAAGGGCCAACAAGGUCAAACCCUACCAUGGCAGGACUAUAUAAUCAAAGUACUCCUGACAGAUGGCCACCUAGCCUCUGUUAAAAAUACUCCAAAGAAGGAGAUGCCACCACUCUCCAAGGCAGCAUAUUUCACCGGCAAACAUCGCUUUCCAUCACCAAGUUCUUCCUAACGUUGACAUGGAAUUUAUUUUCCUGUAGUUUGAAUCCAUUGAUCUGUGCCAUAGUCUCUGGAGCGGCUAAAAACAAGCUUACACCAUCUUCAGUAUUCAACCACGGCUACCAUGCCCCUUCUAAGCCUUCUCUGUUCUAGGCUAAACAUAAUUGGCAGCCAAAACCACUCCCCGUAGAGCAUGGCUUCCAGUCUUCUUUGCCAGUCUGGAAAUGAAAUCUGAAAGAAGGGAAGUCUGCAAUCUUGAAAGAGAGGAAUCUGUUUAAAACAAACACGUGAAGCCUGUGCAAAGCUGAAGAUACUUUCUCCUGAUGUACAGUAUUCACAAAACUGAAUACAGUACUGUAUUUCAGAGAUUUCUGUGACAGGCACCUUUCUUUCUUCUCUCCCUUUCUAAAUUAUAUGACAAAUUGUAUUUUUCAUUUGGAUUAAGCAAGUACUAGGUGGUAACUUUAGUCGGGGCAAUGAAAGUAUGGUGAGAGUAAGAAGUUAUUCCUUAUAGUUAGUCCUUGCUUUCCCCUCCACAGCCAUGUUUCUGAAGAAUUAAUUUCACUGUGACAUGCUUCACAUUGGACAACCAAAAAAAGUCUAUUAAUAAAGUGUAAUUGGCAACAGAAAAUUUACUGAAGCAUUUAGAGUAAACAUGGUAACAAGAUGAUGAUCAGUAUAGACUGAUGUCUGCGUAAUUUCCCACAAAUGGGAUAGCAGUAAUAACUGGUUUUAAAACCCAACCCCAGAUGCAUUGUGAUGGCCUUCCAAAGAGACUUUUUGUGGAUUAGUAAUUUAUAUACAUUCUACGAUAUCAUAUUACACCUUACAUAACGUUACAUAAAUUUGACUACGCAUUAGAGGAACUACAGAACCCACUCAAUGAAUUGUGAAGGUGUGUUUCCCUCUUGACAAAGUUUUAGGAGUUUGUACUCCCCAAAUUCUGAACAGCCCAGACUCUGUUAAAAGUGUGUUGUUCGGUAGAUUUCCUUGCGGUGUCAACAAUGCUUUUGGGAGAAAGGUUUCUCCGUUUCUAGUUCCUGUUUCUAGCCAAGUUUCCAGUUCCAGUUGGGCCGUGCCAUGCCGCAAUUCUCAAGUAGACCUUGACUUUACUUCGGAUGUUAUUCCUUGUUCCUGAUUCAAGUUUGCCUCAGCUUUAACAACUUUGUUACCUUGAUUGCUACGAAGCAUUUCCAGUGGAUAGAACUCUGUUUUCUGCCAGCCUUGUUUCCCUGUUUAAUUUCAUGGACUUUGAUUUCUUGGGAGAGCUAUCGCGUUCUCAUUGUGGAUUAUAAUAUCGGACCUUUUCCUUCACACAAUUGAAACCAUCAUUGACUUUCUGAAAAGAACUAUUCCUUACUCAAACUCUAUACCUAAUUCCUUUUGGAUUUAUAAUUGUUUUAAUAAAGAUAUAGUUUGUUAUA